AUGGCCAGGCUACUAAAGAAACUUCGAGCCAAACGCAAGUUGGCGGCUUUGCAAGAGGCAGAAGCAGCAGCAGCAGCAGAAGCGGCUGAAAAGCAAGCGCAAUGCCGAAGAAACGCCCGCUGGUCGCUGGUCCUUGUGGGCAUCAUUCUUGCAGGAACGCUUGCCUUUACCAAAGAAGGAAUAACGCUCCUGGUGGAAAAUGUUCAAACAAUCGUUGCCAAGUCCAACUCUACUACCGCCAGUCAAACCAAUCCGAAACCCAUUAACAUAAGUGCCUUGCCAUUGCCAUCCUUGGAACCCUUUGACAUGAAAAAGUACGAUACAAUCCAUUUUUGGCAUCUUCGAAAGGCUGGCGGAACUUCCCUUCGAAUCUACGUUGAAGCUAUUGCCAAAUAUCACAACUUGACCUUUAAUGUGGAUGAAGGCAUGUGCUACAAAGGACCACACAGCGACCAAAAAACUCUGCUGGUGACAAUGAUCAAGGAUCCCGUGGCCCGAAUAGUGUCUGAGUAUUGGGGCGAAGGAAACGUCAACUUGACCAAUCCCAGAAGUUUCAUGGAUUUCAUUGACGAUCGAAACACAACUCAACCCAAACGCAUCUCAGAUGACCAUUGGUUUAUCUGGGGAUGUUCCCAUAAUUGUCUGACACGAAUAUUUGGCAAUGGCCGUCCAUCCAAUGUGCCAGCCGAUCUGUCCAAAGCCAAGCAAGCACUCGAACACGAUUUUGAUCUCGUUAUACAAAGCAACCGCAUGGGCGAUCCAAGAUAUCAACAAUGGCUCAGUCAAAUACUGGGGGCUCCGAGCAUCAAGCUGCCACACAGAAAUCACGCCGACCGAAAACAAUUCGCAGAAAACAAGAUUGCGGCUCCAAAGGAGCACGAGUUGGAGCUACUGAGAAGGACCAAUCAGCUGGAUUAUGACUUGCUAGAGUACAUAAUACCAAGAAGGAAGGAUCUGGUAGGUGUGGUAUAGCAGUUUGUGAUCCCUCGCUCUCAUCGGAUGUUUUUGUUCUUGCACGUACGUACACGCGAACAGCCAACAACAAUUCACCAUUACGAACAAACAAUUGUGAGAUUACCUCAGCACAACCAUGCCAGUCUAGCCCCCGACAGACUGGUCUCACGGCGUACAACAUUACUGCAGUAGAGACUUCAUUGGCAGCCUAUGCCCUCUACAUGACACCCGGUUGAUUCAUUCAAUUCAAUUUCUCGUGUAGAUAAUAUUAUGAUUAGAAGUCUUCUUGCGGAGUAUCGAUG